GAUAUUGCUUGGCUAUUUCGAGCGCGUUUUCAGUUUUAUCAAUAAAACAUGUGCUGUAUUCUUAUCUGAAAUUUCGUGUAAUAAUUUCGCGGUUGAAUCAGUAACUUUGUCUCGUUUUUACGGUGUACUCGUGUUACAUAAUGCAGAUCGAAACACAACAGCUAAAUGAGGGUACUCUUUUAGGCAUUGGGAACCCUCUCCUGGACAUUUCGGCGAAUACAGACGAUGCUCUGCUACAAAAGUAUGGGCUUAAAGCAGAUGAUGCCAUCAUGGCCGGAGAACAGCACAUGCCUUUGUAUAAGGAGCUUAUGGAAAAGGUCACAUUGAAGGCAGAACCUGCUGGAAAUCAGGCCUGUAGUCCGUGCACCGCAGCAAAAGCUGACUACCACGCGGAGUUCAUAGCGGGCGGCAGCGUGCAGAACUCCCUGCGUGUAGCACAAUGGAUCCUGAAAAAGCCUCGUAUUUGCACCUACUUUGGUUGCGUCGGCGACGAUGACUACGCGCGCAUUCUUAAGGAGAGAGUCAUUGCAGAUGGCGUAUCAGUCCACUACCAAGUGAACAAGGAGACUCCAACCGGCACAUGCGCAGUACUUAUAACGGGUACACACCGGUCGCUCGUUGCCAACCUAGCAGCCGCGCAAAAGUUCACAGCUGAUCACUUGGCCAAGGAGGAGAGUAGGAAGUGUAUUGAAGCAUCUAAGAUUAUUUACGCCUCUGGUUUCUUUAUAGCAGUAUCACCGGAAUCGAUAUUGCAGCUCGCCAAGCACGCCCACAGUAAGAAUCUCCCGUUCGUGAUGAACUUGAGCGCGCCCUUUGUCUCGCAAUUCUUCAAGGAACCCCUUGAGAAAUUGUUGCCUUAUAUCGACGUGCUCUUCGGAAAUGAAUCGGAAGCAGAAGCGUUCGCACAAGCAUUUGACAUCGACAGUAAGAAGUUGCAAGAAAUAGGGUUAAAAAUAUCAGCUAUGCCGAAAUUGAAUAGUCAACGACAACGAGUGGUCUGUAUAACGCAAGGAUGCGACCCAGUGAUCUUAAUCGAAGGUAGUAAAGUUGAUUAUAUCCCAGUGCAAAAGUUAGAAAGGGAACAGAUAGUAGACACGAACGGAGCAGGUGACGCGUUUUCUGGAGGUUUCUUGAGUCAAAUGGUGCUAAAUAAACCUUAUGCCACAUGUGUUAAGUGCGGUAUUUACACAGCAGCUCACAUCAUACAACAUUCAGGGUGCACGUUCGAAGGAGAGAGUAAAUUUGUGGAUUGUUAAAAUACCAUUGAUAUUUUGCAUUACGGCUGUUGUAGUUAGAUAAAUGUCAUUGUUGUUGUAAUCAUUUUCAAACCAAACCCAAUUACUUUGCCCUUUUAAUAUAAACAGAUAAUGAUAUGAGAAUAGAUGUUAGAACUUGUUUUGUGUAUACAGGAUUAUUUUUAAACACAAACAACCUUCCAGGACUAUAUAUUACUUACAUCUUAAACAACAACUUUUGUUCCACGACGUUUGACAAAACAUUAUAAAUUUACCCAAAUUAAACUUUUAUCUGACACUUUCAAGAUCUGUAUUUAGUGGUAAGUGAGGUAGCAAGUUCAAAAGUGUUAGCGUCCUCCCCGACGACUCCCGCCGCGUUUUGCACAGAGUUAUCACCGACUAAAACUUUGUUAGUAGCUGUAGAGCUCCUUGUGAAAGAAUUCAUCCAGGGUAGUAUUGCGAACUUACCAAUUUUUGCCGCCAUGCCUAUAAUUUUCAUUAACGUCAGCAUUACUGUGUUCCGGUUUUGAAGGAUAAGAGUGCUGCUGAAUUUACAGGCACACGGGACUUGUCAACUUAUGUCUCAUGGUGACGGGCGCAGUGGCAGUGCCCCUCAGAUGU